AGGUCAUUGAGAAGUGUGUGUGUAUAUAUAAGCAGAACGCAGCUCAUCUCCAUAUCAGCUUCUUCUGUCGUCUGAACUCGCAAUCAUGAAGGUUCUGGUUAUUUUCGCUCUCUGCCUGGUGGCUCUCGCAGCCGCACGUCCCUCGGACAUCGUGGACUUCGAGUUGGACAACCAUGAGCAGGAGCAGGAGGGUCAGCCCGGCAGAGCCGUCGAGGGCGAGUACUCCUGGGUAGCGCCCGACGGCAACGAGUAUUACGUCAAGUACGUCGCCGACCACCUCGGCUACAGGGUCGUCGAUGACAACGUCGUGCCCCAAGCCCCAGAGGCCGACCUCCCCGAGGUCGAGGAUGACGACAAAUAAAUAGAUAACUGCAGAAGAUGAAUAUUGGUUUCUUAUGAUUGGCUGAAUAAAGUUUAUUUUUGUUAAA